CGGCUGCUUUGUUGCAGUUGACAAGUCAGACGGGGAAGUGGGUUUUUUUUUUUUUUUUUUUUUUCGAACCUACAUUUACAGGUUAAGAGAGAGAUAAGAUUCAAUACCAAUGUAUGGAUUUGUUAUGAUAGCAGCACCAGACACAUUCAGCGAAAGAAGUUGAAACAAAUGGAUAUUGCGUAUUCAAGCGUAUUCAAAACCAGAUGGAUACCCGGCAUCACCAGCUCGUUUUGUUCAGUCUCCUAUUGGUUAUCUCCCUUUCAUCUUGUAACACUUGUGAGGUUUCAUUUGACCAGAAAACAGCGGAUUGUUCGAACCGUGGUUACCAUCACAUUCCAGUGCUAUCUAAUUUCACCGAAAACUUGGAUUUAUCAGGAAAUGAUAUAUCACAUCUGGACGAAACAUCAUUUCAAAAUCUCACAAAUCUGAAGUUUUUGAAUAUGAACUGGAAUAGAAUUAAAUCAAUCGCUAAAGACACAUUUUCUGGACUUUCGUCACUUCAGAAUCUGUCGAUUGGGCAUAACAAAAUUAACAUUUUGCAGAAGCAAUUCGGUGAGAUGAGUUUUACUCGUAAUUCAAUGUUGGAAUAUGUGGACAUAUCCUUCAAUACUAAGUUGCCUUUAUACGAGGAAGCUUUGUACCCAGACGCUGUGUUCGCGUCAUUGUCAUCUGUUCGGGAGCUUCAUGUCGACCUUUUACCGAAUCCUAUAUUUGGAACGGGCUUCAGUAAUAUGACAAAUCUAAACAAACUUGUUUUCAAGGACUGUGUAUUGAUGCACCUUUCUAAUGAUACAUUUGUUAAUUUCCGUAACCUCGAGUCGCUGACAUAUUUAGAUAUGUCGAAUUGUCAGGUGAAUGUCAGACACUUUGUGAAAAUAGAAAAAGCUUUUUUACAGUAUUUCUCUUCUCUCCAAUACCUCGACCUUUCCCGUUCCUAUAUAACGUUGCCGGUUGCCAUGGAAAUCUUGUAUGGCCUCACAGUUAACACAAACAACACUAAUCCUGUCAGAAAAAUGAAAGUCUUGAAUCUGUAUAAUGUCAACCCCUUUCAAUUAUUAUGGAUGUAUGACGUCGAUUAUGCAGUAAAGGUGACGACAGAGAUGACCAAAUACUACAGACAGUUAUGUGUGGAGGAUAUUAAUGUAGGCAAUAACGGGAUCGUUGAAAUAGAAGUCGGCACGUUAGAAUCAUUUGACGAUUUUAGUUGCUUGAGACGUGUAACUAUAUCAGAGAACAACUUUAUGUUCACCUUCCCUCGCUUUGCACUAAGCGUCUCACUGUUUGUUGCAAAGAGCAUCAACCUAGAGGAGCUAGAUUUUUCAUACGUAGCUAUUAAGUUUACAAUGAAUCAAAACACAGGCAGGAAUAGUCUACAAACCCAGAAAAAACAGUCGUCAUUUCGGUGCGUGAUGCCUUUCAAAGUUGGACGACAUAUGCGGUAUAUACGACUGACCCAUCUUCUUUUCCCCUUUGGUCUUGAUUGUGAUCUAGAUUUGUCUACUUGUCCUGUUUUAAAAUUGCUAGAUAUUUCAGAAACAACGAUAUUAAGCGAGAAUUUUCGUAUUAAAGAAGCCCGUGUUGAGUAUAUGAACGUUUCCGGUAUGGAUUUCGGAACAACUGGACGAAUGCUUCUAGGAAAUCUGAAAUGGGUUCAUCGACUAGUUAUUCAGAAUGCAAACUUAGACCGUGCCUUCAGCAACAAGAAUUACAUCUUUAAAGACAUCAAACACGUAGACGAAGUCGAUAUGUCAUUGAACCAUUUAUCUACAUUGGACGAGGAAAGUGUUCAGGGCCUGGAGGGGGUGAACAAUGUCGUCUUAUCGUGGAACUUUUUCAGUGAUUUUCCCGAGGGUUUGUACAAUUUGAAAAACCUCACGGACAUAGACCUUAGGCACAACCAGCUAACAUACCUCAGGGAGAAGGAACGAACAUGGUUAGAUAGGAUGAAUUCUCGGCCGGAACGGAACAUCAGGAUUUUAAUGAAUGGAAAUCCAUUUGCCUGUACUUGUGAAACACUUGAUUUCGUUUUCUGGAUUUGUGAUACUAAUGUGAUGCUGGAUUACCACAACAACUACACAUGUACCCUACCGAAUGGUUCGACUGUUAUGCUUUGUCACGUCAAUCAAAAAUAUCCGUUGUAUUUAGGCAACUGUAAUAAAGAGUCUUUCUGGAUCGUGUUCGCAAUUUCCGGGAUAAGUAUUUUGUUGCUGUUACUUGUGGCAUCGUCAUUUGCUUUCAAAUUUAGAUGGAAGAUUCAGUAUUUCUUCUGGAGGAAGUUAAAAGGUAAACCAGCAGUUGUUACUGAUAUCAGACAUUACACCUAUAAAUCCUUUAUAACAUAUUCCGAGGAGGAUUGCUGGAGUCAUAAUUCCUUUCUACCAAAACUUGAACAGCUUGAAAAAGAAGACGGCAUUCGGUGUUGCGUCCAGGAAAGAGACAUCAUAGCUGGUGAGAACGAAAUUAAACGGCUUACCGAGUUUCUUCUAGACAGUGAGAAAUUCAUGCUGGUACUGACUAAAGAUUUUAUUGACACUAAAUGGUGUGAAUUUGUGUUGGAUAUAUGCCUCAGGGAACGUAUGGAAAGGAGGAAUAAUGGCUGUCUGGUAAUGAUAUUUAAAGAUAUAGACCCUCGAUGCGCUCCCGAAUUCAUUACAAACGCAUACAAACACUGUAAAUCCAUUACUUACCCAGAGGAGGAAAACGACGAAGAAGGUUUCUGGUAUGAGAUACGCCAAACACUCUUACAUUAAAUCAAUAUGUAUGACUAUAUUUCGUAUACUGUAUACUGUCGGCCGAUUUUGCUGUUAUGUUACACAGGGAUAUGGCUUCCUGGAUUUUAUCUCUCUGUAUAAUACCUAUAACCCCAUACAACUUCUUCUUUUAUAUAUAUCUUACUGGUAAUGAAUGGUUGAUCCAGCUGUUUCUGUUGUUUAAAUGAAUAAUACGAACUUUAUUAUUAAUGCUUCAUCAUCAAAUCAACCUUCAUAAUUUGCUAUUCAAAUCCCAAAUCACAUAUUAUAAGAAAAAUACUUAUACAUGUAUGUAACCGAAUCCCCAAUCCACUGCUGCAGCGGCUUUGUUACUGGAAUCCAAUCGCCAAAUUCAGUUGUCAUAUUAACUUGAUAAGAGUGGUUGGCGUUCUCUUUGGUUUUCCUCCUCUCGGUAGGUAAUUGUUUUAAAGUAUUUGUAGACACUUGUAAUUCAUGAUUUAAGAGGAAAAUAACCAGGAACUUGACACUCAUAAGUAAUCUGUGUAAUACAACUGUUUUAUUCAUGUUGACACACAGCAAGAAACUCAACCGAUAUUUUUGGGAAAUUAACAAUUAAAUAAACCGGAAGUUAUUAUAAAACAAUAGCAUUGUUAUUUUUAUGAAUUUAAGUUCAUUUUAUUAUC